AUGACAGAAAAAUCCAAUGGCGUGAAGAGCUCCCCCGCCAAUAACCACAACCAUGCACCCCCCGCCAUCAAGGCCAAUGGCAAAGAUGAUCGCGGGACCGGUAGCAGGCCACAGUCUGCAGCCGACGAUGACACCUCAGUGGAGCUGCAGAGGCUGGCAGACGCAGAUGCGCCCUCAAGGGGAAGGCGUGGCUUCCAGAGGAUCGUCCGCCUGGUGGGGGUCAUCAGAGAAUGGGCCAACAAGAAUUUCCGAGAGGAGGAACCCCGACCGGACUCAUUCCUUGAGCGCUUCCGGGGCCCUGAGCUCCAGACCGUGACAACACAGCAGGGGGAUGGCAAAGGCGACAAGGAAGGCGACGGCAAGGCCAAAAAGAAGUUUGAACUCUUUGUGUUGGACCCCGCUGGGGACUGGUACUACCGCUGGCUGUUCGUCAUCGCCAUGCCUGUGCUGUACAACUGGUGCCUGCUGGUGGCCAGAGCCUGCUUUAGUGACCUGCAGAAGGGCUACUACAUAGUGUGGCUGGUGUUGGACUACUACUCAGAUGUUAUCUACAUCGCAGACCUCUUCAUCCGGCUGCGCACAGGUUUCCUGGAGCAGGGGCUGCUGGUCAAAGAUCCCAAGAAGUUGCGGGACAACUACAUCCACACUCUGCAGUUCAAGUUGGAUGUGGCCUCCAUCAUCCCCACAGACCUGAUCUACUUUGCUGUGGGAAUCCACAGCCCAGAACUGCGCUUCAACCGCCUGCUGCACUUCGCCCGCAUGUUUGAGUUUUUUGAUCGCACUGAGACGCGCACCAGCUACCCCAACAUCUUUCGCAUCAGUAAUCUCGUCCUUUACAUCUUGGUCAUCAUUCACUGGAAUGCCUGCAUCUACUAUGCCAUUUCCAAAUCUAUUGGAUUUGGGGUUGACACCUGGGUUUACCCGAACAUCACUGACCCUCAGUAUGGCUACUUGGCUCGAGAAUACAUCUAUUGCCUUUACUGGUCGACACUGACCCUCACCACCAUUGGAGAGACACCACCUCCUGUGAAAGAUGAGGAGUAUCUGUUUGUCAUCUUUGAUUUCCUGAUCGGUGUCCUCAUCUUUGCCACCAUUGUAGGAAACGUGGGCUCCAUGAUCUCCAACAUGAAUGCCACCCGGGCUGAGUUCCAGGCCAAGAUAGAUGCCGUCAAACAUUAUAUGCAGUUCCGCAAAGUCAGCAAGGAGAUGGAAGCCAAGGUCAUUAGAUGGUUUGACUACCUGUGGACCAAUAAGAAGACUGUGGAUGAGAAGGAAGUUCUUAAGAAUCUGCCAGCCAAGCUGAGGGCAGAGAUAGCCAUCAACGUCCACCUGUCCACUCUGAAGAAAGUGCGCAUCUUCCAGGAUUGUGAGGCUGGUCUGCUGGUGGAACUGGUUUUGAAGCUCCGACCUCAGGUUUUUAGCCCGGGAGAUUACAUUUGCCGCAAAGGGGAUAUUGGUAAGGAGAUGUACAUCAUCAAGGAGGGCAAGUUGGCAGUGGUGGCUGAUGACGGUGUCACUCAGUAUGCCUUGCUUUCAGCGGGGAGUUGCUUUGGAGAGAUCAGUAUCCUCAAUAUUAAGGGUAGCAAAAUGGGCAAUCGACGUACAGCCAAUAUCCGUAGUCUGGGCUACUCAGAUCUCUUCUGCUUGUCCAAGGAUGAUCUUAUGGAAGCUGUGACGGAGUACCCUGAUGCCAAGAAGGUUUUGGAAGAGAGGGGCCGGGAGAUCCUGAUGAAAGAGGGGCUGCUGGAUGAAAAUGAAGUGGCCGCCGGCAUGGAGGUGGACGUGCAAGAGAAACUGGAGCAGCUGGAGACCAACAUGGAGACCCUGUACAGCCGCUUUGGCCGCCUCCUGGCUGAGUACACGGGGGCCCAGCAGAAGCUCAAGCAGCGCAUCACGGUUCUGGAAACCAAGAUGAAGCAGCACAAUGAGGAUGAUUACCUGUCAGAUGGGAUGAACAGUCCUGAGCCAGCUGCUGCUGAGAAGCCAUAA